AUGGGUGAAGGCAAAACAUCGGUGAUCAUUCCGAUAAUGUGUUUGGCAUUGAAAGAUCGCAUUGCCAGAAUCAAUGUGUUACCAUCGCUCUUGGAAACAUCGAUUGAAGACAUGCUCUUGACAAUGGGAUCAUCUAUUUUCAAUCGUCCCAUUCACGUCUAUCCAUUUAGAAGAGAUAUUGUCUCUCAAUUGAAUGAUAUUCAAUUUCAGAGAAUACUUAGCAAUCUCAAACACUGCAAAACUAAUCAAGGAAUCAUCAUUUCAACACCUGAUCAUUGGCUUUCAUUCCAAAACUCAUCUAUGCUCUCUAAAUCAAAGACCCUAUUCAACUCUAUCAUUCAAUGGUCAAACAAUAAUUUGUUUAACAUUCUCGAUGAAUGUGAUGAGUUACUAUCUACCAAAUAUCAACUUAUUUUCCCAUAUGGCAACAAGCGAGAUCUUGAUGAGGGUGUCAACCGAUGGACUAUAAUCGAAAGUGUUUUUGAUAAAUUGAAAACACUGCUCGAUAAUGAACAAUUCCCUCCCUCAGAUAUCGAAAUUGCAAAGAAAGAGAUACCCUGUUCAUUCCCAAUAAUUACAAUCCGCAACGAGGAAGCUGGAAAACAACUUUUAAAUAAGUUGUUGGUUCUUUUGUAUCCAUCUGGUCAGAGUGCUCGUAUUAAUCAACAAUUUAUUUUAUAA